CCCGCUGCGCCACCAGGGAGGGCCAAAUUGUAUCUAUUUUUUAAUUAUAUCUAUUUUGUAUACAUGUUUACCUUCAUGCUAAGUUAAAAUAUCAUUUUUCCUUCAAAAACUGCAAGUACAGCUGCGCUGUCUUCCAGUCUCCUCACUUGGCUGUUAGAAUCCCCUGGUUCUGACUGCCCGAUCCGUUUUAAAUAGGCAUCCAGGAUCUGGGGGCGGGUAUGCAAUUCCACCACCUUUUGUAGGUGGCGCUGUAGAGAAGGGCCGUUCUGAGCAGGUGAGACUUCCCCAGUAGGCGGCGUAGCCGGUGAGUGCUGGGUCUCGGUGAGCUUACGCAACGUGAGGGGCGGCAACAUCUUUCGCCCCGCCCCUUCCAUCUGCGCCGUCCUGUGAUUGGAGGGCGGAACCAUCACUUGGCAGCGCCGUUGGAGUGCGAGAAAGAGGGCCGUGACUGAAGGUGACGCUGAGGCGGCCGAGGUGCGGCAAGCCGCGAGGGCCGUGAGUGGGAACGAGGCUCGGCAGCACUUCGGGCGCUCUCCCCCAUCUCUCUGCCGUGCAUGGCGACGGGAUGGAGCGCGAAGGGAGCGGCGGGUCGGCCGGGCUCCUGCAGCAGAUCCUCAGCCUGAAGCUCGUGCCGCGGGUGGGCAACGAGACCCUGUGCCCCAACUCCACGUCUCUCUGCUCCUUCACAGAAAUGUGGUAUGGCGUGUUCCUGUGGGCACUGGUGUCUUCUCUCUUCUUUCAUGUCCCUGCUGGACUGCUGGCCCUCUUCACCCUCAGACAUCACAAAUAUGGUAGGUUCAUGUCUGUAAGCAUCCUGUUGAUGGGCAUCGUGGGACCAAUUACUGCUGGCAUCUUGACAAGUGUAGCAAUUGCUGGAGUUUACCGAGCAGCAGGAAAAGAAAUGAUAUCAUUUGAAGCCCUUACCUUGGGCACUGGACAGACAUUUUGUGUGGUGGUGGUGUCCUUUUUACGGGUUUUAGCUACUCUAUAGCAUAAAACCUUAUGCUGUGAUGUUGGACCUAAAAUUUGUAGAACUCUUGGAAAGAAAACCCAGUGGAAUGUCAUGUUUUCUUAGUUCUUCAAAUGGAAGCAAGUCAGAUGAAGAGUAGAUGAAGAACAACAUCUUAGCCCUUUCUUCAGUUUGAAACUCCAGGAAUGGAAGAUCUUUUUGGACUUCUGUUGUCCUCAGCCAAAACAAACCAAGUUUUGGGGGGUAGAUAUUUAAUUUAAGCCGUUUUACGGGUACACCUUUACACAAGCCAGGACAGUGCUCCUGGAAUGGCAUCCUUUGCACUGAAAUUCAUAAUAUUCAGUAAGAAAAUGCAGUGUUGGCUAUUUCAGAGGAACAGUGGAAAAUAUUGGUUUAUUUCUGAGCAGAGUAGACUGUACUGAAAUCUGUUUGAACUGAUCUCGAUUAAAAUUUGGCCGUCUUCUUUUGCUACAUCAUGGCAAAAAGUGCCAAGUAGGUGUUGCUUGAAUAUAGCUUUGAGAACAAACUUGAAUACAGCAAGAGUAAAAGUUCACACCAUUAGUAAUGUCUUUGAUUGCAGUUUAAAUAAAACAAAGAUAACCAUGGAAUGAUGCGACUUUAGAUGGAUAACUUUUUUGUCCUCUGAAUUACUUAAUGUAUUCUAAGAGAUGUGAAUUUGUUGUUUUGUAUGUUACCAAAAUAAGCUAGCUGAAUUGAGAUCUUUUUAGUACCUGAACUACUUUUUCUUACCACUUUCAUUCUAUUAAUUUUAUUUAUGGAAAACACUAUUAAAUAGCUUGGGUUGAAGUUCUUAAGUCAGAUGUGUUUGGAUGCUCUUUGGACAUUGGGCACAUAGAAAAGAUACUGAUAUUUUGUUCAGAGUUUUUCUUAGUGACUUUGGUUUAUUCAAAACUUGAAAAAUUGUAGAAGGUAGCUUGAACUGGAGUUAAUGGUUAUUGAUUUCUUAGAUUUCAUGUAGUUACCUCCAGGUAACUACAUUACUGAGUAUCACUCCCAAAAAGUGCCUGAAGUUUCACUUUCAUAUAUGUCUCCACUGUGCCCUUUACGUUUUCUUUCAAGAGAAUUUGUAUCUUAAAAGAAAGUAAACUAUCAAGAAUUUUUCCAAUUUUAGCUAUUUUUCUUUUCUUCUACUGUCUAGCUUUCUUUUUCACCGAAAGGCCUGAAAACUGUGAUCUACAAAAUAGAAAGAAUCACAAAACUGAAGCGUCUAACUUGAUCCUACCACCUCAACUGUUUUAUAUAGAAUUGAUGUUAUGUUUCAAAAUAGUUACUGAUCAUUAAAUCGGACACGUUUAAAGGAAAGCUUUCAUCAUGAGAGUAAGACUAAUAGUCCAUUAGUUUUGCACAUAAUCUAUUAGUUAUGAAAAUACCGAUCCCAAUUAAAGUUACAUGCACUCUGGCUUCUAAUUAAAGCAGUGUGCACUCAGGAGGGUUGAUUUGCCAGGGAAAAUCCUGGAGAAAAAUUACAGAGAUCACCAAAACUAAUAGCACUUUCUUCUGACUAAGAAAGGAUUAGACCAUUUAUUGAAAUUAUAAUGACAUAUAUUCAGAUCAGAUGAAAUAUUACAAAUAGAAUUGGAAUCCAAGCCAAUGCCUCAACAAAAUUACCCUCCAAUGCUUAACUCUCUUUCAAGCAAAAAUUUUAGUUUUUAGUUAGAGUCCAUUUUUCAGUUCAAGGAACUAUGAUUUUGAAAUAUAUCCCUUUGGUUAAACAAUUUGGGGAUGCUAUGUCCUUUCUUACACAAAAUGACUUUAAUCAUCUUACUGAAGGAUCCCUCUUACAACAUUCUCUUGGAUAGGAUUUCACAAAUUGAACACACGGGCCAAUGUUUGGUGGGUUCCUCUCCCCCAGCUACUAAUUUUUAAACAAACAAUUCAUGAUUUAAAUAUUUGUUUCUUUUAGAGCCAUGACAUAAUACAGAUUGAAAAGUAUAAAUCCCUUGUUUUAUCUAUUUAUACUCUUUUUUUCAAAAGCUUCAAAUAUUAAAUGUACCUUCAAGUUAUUGAAUGUUUCAUCUAUCCCAGUAUGUGAACUUUCUUCUGUGAAUAAAUGUAUAUAGAUUUUAUAUAUACCUUUGUAGCUUGAAGUGUUUUCAGGGAGAAGCUAUUGGAAUGAUAAAGUAUGUCUGUUCCCCCUAAGUGUGUGGGUUUUUUAAAAUUUGUUACCUAAAAAUAUACCAUUAUUUGGAGUUGGCUUGCUGGGGUAGAAAAAUACUGGAAUUGUUUUACCUUACAUCAUUUUUUUAAAGCAAAAACUAUUUUUAACGAAUGAUUUUCUCUUUUUCCAAUCUUGGCAUAAAUUUCAUUCUUUCCAGUGAAGCCCUCUUGGUGUCCUUCAAAAUGUGGACUUCUGAUUCUGUCUGGGUCAAAACUCCAUUCAUAAAGUAACUGUGCAAGCCCAUCACCCUUUGUGACUUUGAACUUUUCUUUGCCAAAGUCAAACAGUACAACACUACCAUUCCUCUGUUUCAUCUAUGACACCACAUCUUAGUUCUAUGGAAUAUUUUUUACCAAGCCAGAACCUGGAGUCUCUCUUCCUUAACAUGAGAAGAGCUCUCCGAGCAUCAGUGGACACAGGAGAUGGCAAGUGCCUCUUCAGAGCAAAGCAAUGAGGGGGCUGGUGGCUUCUAAGAAUCUUUUUGCAACAACUUGUUUUAUUAGCAAUAUAAGCAAUCAUACCUUUCCCAGCUAUGUAUUAAAGACUCCCAGCCUUUGUUUUUUUUUUUAGUUUUGCAAUAUUGGGAGGCAACCUCUAACCAAGGAAACAAACUUCCAGGAUCUUAAAGAUAGGUGUUUUGUGGGGCAAAUGCAGCUCAUGAAAAUUUAAAUCCAUAUACAAAUGUGUAAGAGAAAUGUGUCUCUCUACGCUGUUAACUAAUUUUGGUGGGGUUUUUUUUUUGCAGCAAACAUUACCUUCAGGAAGUGUUUGAACUAGUGAAAGUUCAUGCAAAGAAUUCCCUUUAAACCCUUCCUUAUGUUUUUGAAGUUUUUAGAUAGUAUGUGGACUUUUGAAUCUGUUACCUUUUCUGAGUGCUCUGGUUUGAAAUAAGUUCUCACUUAAGUCAAAUUAAGAUGUAAGCACAACUUCAGUGCAUAUGAAGCUUCCCUAAGAAACCAUUUCCUGGAAUGUGAAGUCGUGGUGCCGUCAGCUGUCCACACACAGAAAGGUCUGUGUACGUGCUUUUCCUUUCCGUGCUUUUUGUGACGCUGGUUGUGACUAAAAUCAGUUUAACUUUUUGUAUUAGAUAAUUUCACUAGCUGCUCCAGUCAAAUGAUCAAAUCUUUGUACAACAGAAAAUUAUUUAAAUUUUAUUUUUCUACUGACAUUUCUAAUUCCGGUAUAAAUGUCUGUCAAUAAAGGUUGACAUUCAAUUUUGUGAACUGGAACUGUUGUUUUGUUUCAGUGGCCAGUGAAUUCAGGCUGUGAA